UCCAUUUCCUGUUGUGGACAGUGGGAGCCGGACGGUCGCAUUCCUCUGGUUCCGUGGUGGGAUUCGUGGGAAUCGAACGCCGCUGCGGGUUUGAGCAGGAAUGACGCUACUUCAAUGCACCGCUGCAAAGCUGCUGCACAUGACAGGGCCGCGCACGUAGCAUGGGCCUCGCAGGAGAUGGCAGCUACCUGUCUGCUGUUACACCUGAUGUCAUGACGCGUCUGCUGAUAUUCCCUUGACAACCGCGGAUCGGAUACCAAUAUUCAGGGUCCAUCAUGGCCAUCACGCUGCUGUGGGCCGUGGACGUGUACGGCCGGGUCUACAGCCUCUCCACAGCCGGCCAGCGCUGGGAGCGUGCAGACGACAUGCUGCUGGAGCUGAAGCGCGUUACUGCAGGGAAGGGGCGCUGCUGGGGCAUCGGCUGUGACCACCGCGUUUACCUCAACAUGAUGCCCAGUGAGACGUCCAUCCGCUACCGGGAAGAGACCUACGAAAACCAGAGGUGGAACCCAGUGGACGGCUUCACCGACACGCUGCUGCCCACCGACCGCUGGCCGUGGAGCGACGUGACUGGGAUGAAUCCUCAACCGCUCCACAGCUUCCAGUUGCCCUCCCGAAGCUGGGAGUGGGAGGGAGACUGGUAUGUGGAUCAGAGCUGUGGAGGGGAACCCAGCCAGACUGGGGGCUGGGAGUAUGCGGUCGAUUUCCCAGCCAACUUCUCCCCGGACAAGAAGUGGAAUUCCUGUGUUCGGCGCAGGCGUUGGAUCCGCUACAGGAGAUACAUCGCACAAGGCAGCUGGGCAAAGAUCCCGCUGGACCAUCCCAGGAAACCUCCGCUGCCGCUCUGUGACAUCAGCUGCGGUGGCUGGGAGAUGAGCGACCAGUCUGGAAGGUAUCCCUACCUCUGGGGCGUGUCCCAACAAGGACAGGUGUGGUUCAGGGAGGGCAUCCACCCUCGGGUGCCAGAGGGCUCCAGCUGGGAGGAAGUGGAGGUGCCCAAGGAGGUGGCUCAGUUAUCAGCUGGACCUGGAGACCUGCUCUGGGCUUUACUCUGGGAUGGAAACCUGCUGGUCCGUACCGGCCUCAGCCUGGACAGUCCCACUGGUCAGCAUUCAGCGCAGCUCACAUUUCCCCAAAUAAUAAGCUCUUGGUUUGUUAGACACUGCUCAUAUGAGGCCUUGUGGUGUUUUCAUUCAGGCACAUCGUGGGUCGAGGUGGAGUCACCAGUUAAGGAGGUUGAAGCGCUUCAUGUGGCGGUUGGUGUCAGUGUGGUCUGGGUGGUCACUAAGGAUUUCAAGGUGUGGUUCCGGCGUGGUGUGAACUCUCACAACGCCUGCGGCUCCGGCUGGAUCAGCAUCGGAGGGGAGAUGAUGAUGGUGGAUGUCGGACUUAAUGAUCAGGUGUGGGCGGUUGGUGAGGACCGCGGCCUGUACUUUAGAAUCGGUGUCAGCCCGUCUGAACCAAGCGGGAACGGCUGGAUUCCUGUUUCUGGCCAAUGGGGCAACAGUAAAAAGGUUGUUCACGCCAGAAACGACUGUGCGUUUAGUGGUCAGCUGACCGAGGCCUCACAAGGCUCAGUUCUGAGCUGCACUGACUCGGACUCGGAGUUAGGUCCUCCUGAACCGCAGAGCAGCACAAAUGAAACCCCGGUCCUGGAGGCAGCAGCCCCCUCUGUCGUCCCUCUAGGAGGAGCAGCCUCCCCGGAGGCAGAGGGCGCUCCUGCAGCCUCCCAACAGGAUGCCCCCAAACCCUUCAUCCCCGCCAGCGACAGCUUCAUCAACAGCCUGGUGUCAGACCGGGACAAAACGUCCACAUCGCAGCCGACCAUCACGGAGAUACCGCAGGAGGAGGUCGAGGACAAGCCCACGGCGCCGAUACUCUUGACCCCUGAGGCUGCAGGACAUGAUGUCCCAUGGAUGAAUGUGGAUCUUGAGGGGGCAGAAGCGGCUCGGAGUGCACAGGCGCGGGGCGCUUCAUCGGCUGACGGCGGUGCUGCUGCCACCUACACGUUGGGGACUCUAGAGCCUCUGCAGGGGGUCGGAGAAGAGGACGGACCAGUGUGGGCCUGGAUCUCCGGUGGAGGCUGCGACGUGGAUGCGAGUUCAAACAUCAGCUGGCUUAGUCCCACAGGUCCUCUCACCAGCUCUCUGUCGCUGACUCCAGUUCAGUCAACAGCUUGGAGCGAGCAGCAGCAGCAGCAGCAGGAACACAGAGUGGAGAUCAGCAAGAAACCGCUGGAGAGAAGCAACUCGGUGUGGGUGCGUAAAGGUGCGUUGCGCUGGUGGCGAGACUGGAAGCCGCAGCGCUGGGUGGACGUGGGCGUCGCCCUGGAGCAGUCCACCAAAUGUGACGGCAGGAAGGACAGCAUUUUCUUUGUCUAUUACACACAGUAUGACGAGAAAAAGUACCUCCACGUGUACAUAAGCGAAGUGACGGCUCUGGUUCCAGUGCUCAGGGACAGCCACUAUGCCUUCGCUGUGUACACAGCCCAAAGGACCAAACAGAGGUGGCCUCUGGUUCUGGCAGCACAAACUGAGAAGGACAUGAAUGACUGGCUGCGCUUGUUGUCCGACUGUUGCUGCGAGUGUCGUGGGAUCACAGGUUCCCCGUCCAGACACGCCCUGUGGUCCACCACCUCGAAGGGAGACAUCAUGGUCCACGAGCCGUCCUUCUCCCUGGAGGCCUCUGCUAACGCGCUGGCCUGUGACCUCAUGUUCUGGCGGCAGGUCCCGGGACACCUGCGCUGUGUAGAGACUAACAGUCUGGGGCUGGUGUGGGGCGUCGGGUGGGACGGCACCGCCUGGGUCCACAGUGGCCACUACGGGCAACAGCCCACCCCUGGAGAAGCUGUUCAGACGCACCAGCAGACGGACGCCAGGAGUGUACAUGUGUAUGAGAACCAGCGAUGGAACCCAAUGGCAGGAUACACAGACAAAGGACUCCCCACAGACCGGCCCAUGUGGAGUGACGAAGGCGGGCUGAAGGAGUGCACCAAGGGCAGCACACACCCGCCCUCCCCUGAGUGGUCCUGGGUGUCAGAGUGGACCCUGGACUACAACGUCCUCGGGGGAACAGACAAAGAAGGGUGGCAGUAUGCUGCAGACUUCCCUGUCACAUUUCAUGGCCACAAAACUCUGAAAGACUUUGUCCGGCGCAGGAGAUGGACGAGGAAGUGUAAGAUCACGUUGAGGGGUCCGUGGCAGCAGGUCCCGCCCAUCCCACUGAGCGACAUCUCUCUGAUGCCGUGUCUGGCCCAGAGCAGGAUGGAGCAGGUCCCCGUCUGGGCCGUCAGCGACAAGGGAGACGUCCUGUGUCGGCUGGGAGUCAGCCCCCAAAACCCAGCGGGCAGCUCGUGGCUACACGUCGGCACGGAUCAGCCGUUCAAGUCCAUCUCCAUCGGUGGAGCCAACCAGGUGUGGGCCAUCGCCAAGGAUGGAGCCGUGUUCUACAGAGGCUCCGUGUCCCCGCAAAACCCUGCAGGGGAAUGCUGGUACCACAUCCCGUCUCCUCUGAGGCAGACCCUCAGACAGCUGUCCGUGGGCCGGACCUCUGUCUUCGCUGUGGACGAGAACAGUAACCUGUGGUACAGACAGGGCCUCGCGCCCAGCUACCCUCAGGGCUCCGCUUGGGAGCUGAUCUCCAACAACGUCACCAAGGUUUCUGUCGGACCGCUGGACCAGGUGUGGAUCAUAGCAGAUGCAGUUCCUGGUUUCCCUGCUGAGAACGUGGGGGCUGUCGGUCACAGGCUGGGGGUGGGACCUGUGCAGCCCAAGGGCCAGUCUUGGGACUAUGGUCUCGGGGGAGGAUGGGAGCACAUCAGUGUGAGGGGGAACUCAGCAGAGGCUCCUCGAGCCCCCCACCCUCCACCUGCCGGACCCCCUCGCAGCCCGCUCCCCCCGCGGCCUCCGACACAAGCGAACGGGAACGUCGUUGGUGUGUAGCACCCCCCCCCGACAUCCUCCUCUCCUGCCCUGUUUGUGCCUGGAUCUACAUAUUUUUCCUCCUCAGACCAAUUACCACAGGCACUUACCCCCUUUUAUACAAAGGGAACUGCACAAUCGCCCCACUGAGUUGAUCUCUUACAUUUGGGUUGGAUCUGACUCUCGUCGAUGGAUGAAUGUUACUCCCUGAUUUGACUCGUUUCCCCGGCAGAAACCGUGUCGGCUUGCAGCGUGAACAAAACAGACAAGGGAAGCACAAGAGCGUUUUAAGAAGGAUGGAUGUGGUGGGAGAAGAAUUUCACAGUGAGUGCAUGUGUUUGUUCUGAUGAGGCGUCGGCUUCUGGGUGUUUUUUUGGGGAUCUAGCAAUAGCUUUUAUUCUUCUAUACAAUAUCCUGUGAAAACCUUAGAGGGUGGGGACUUCCAUUAAGGGCUAAGGUGUGGGUACCAAACUAACUCGUCCUGGUUUCUAGAAUCUAGUUGUUUUGUGUUUGUGCUGCAUGUGAUUUCAUUUAUUUAUUUAUUAUUUAUUAUGCAUUUGUUGAAUUUUGUGUCUCCAAUACGUUUAGGUCUGUUACAUGUGUGCAAUGCAGUGUUCCUCACCCACAGGCCUCCUAAACACAGAGGGCAUUCUCCAGAGGGAAAAUUCCAGAUAUCCACACUGUAUGAAAAUAUAUUGCUCUUUAAAUAAAAGUGACUAUGAUGACCAGUAUGAAACAUUCAGCCCCCUUCGUCAGAUAAAACUCUCCGUGCUCCUGCAAUGAGGAAAAGUUCUUCCAGUUAGUAUCACACCCAUUCCCAGAACUGUCACAACAGCUUAAAAGAGGCAUUUUGAAAUGUGAAAUAAAAAAAUGUAAUCUUCCUACAUGUUUUGACAUCAUUUCACAGUAAAUUUGGAAAACUCUAA